AAAUAGUAUCUACGAUUAAAUGGAUUGUGAAGAAUCCAAAAACUAACGCUCAUAUCUCAGAAAAGUAUAAGAAAAAGCUGUCAUUACUCGAGGAAGAAAUAACAUUUUUGACCAAAGAGGCCGAUGUUCUGUUGCGUGGAAUGGAACCAAUCAUAUCAUCAUAA